AUGUGGAAGCGGUUUCUUGCGCUUUUCAGGAACAAAUCGUCAGAUCAGGGUCCAGGUCAUCUCGACCAACGGCGCGAGUCUGACCCGCAGGGUUAUCUCAGUGAGGUGCUGAUGCCUGCCCCAGCCGAGGAGUGGGAUGGUCCUGGCAUGCAUCGCCACCGCACCUUGGAGGAGAACCUUGAGCGUGCUGCUCGAGAUCCGAACUUCGACCCUGAUGAUACUCUGGGCGACCGCGACGAUGUCCUAGUUCGCCACCACGACCUCGAGGAGAAUCUCCAGCGGGCGGGAGAAUUGAGCCGGGAGAUGCGACGCCAGUCUAGCGGGGCUUCUUCGUCUGGCCUCGGAGGAGCUUCACGCCACCCAACGUGUCGGACGACGAUGGUGGCAGGAGAAACCAAAUGA